AUGGGUGAAGUUGAAGACCAAAUUAAUGAAUGUAAUAUGAGUAAUUCAGAAGUCACAUUUGAUAAUUUCACAAUUCUUAAGGAAUUUAGUAACCUAGCCAAUUUAGUAAGGGAUGAAGAUUUUCUCGAAAUAGUGCCAAAAGCAAAGAUAAGACGAGUAAAAUGGGUACCGAUGUUUGAUUGCUUAAAACAAGGUAUACUCGAUGGUAUGAUACAGGAAAUUACCUUAAUGUGGCAAUUUGAAAAUAUGCCGGAAAAAUUAGACAUUUUGGAGAAACUAAGGGAACACUUCACAGAAAUAAAUCCAGAUCAAAAAGCUUGGAGACCACAACAUAAUGAUGUCAAGAUGCAAUUAAUAGCGCAUGAUAUGGUUAACUUACAAAAAGAAAAGACAUUGUUGGAGUCUUUAGCUAAAGAAUAUGAAAUAAGAGUUAAUAGAAGAAAAAAAAAUAUAACAGCCAAAAGAGGGUACUUAAAAGCUCUGCAAAUGGAUAUAAAUAAGUAUCAAAAGAUAAAUGAUGAUUUUAUUUCUAAGAUUGGGGAAAAAAUUGAAAAUCACAAAAAUCUUCCAGAAAAAUUAAUAUCUGUGAAAACCAAUUUUGAUGAUAAUAAUUGGUGUGAAAGUGAUCCUAUGGAGGAUGAAUAA